AAAGCGCUAGUAAGUAAAUGAAUAAUCUCAUCUUCACUUCAAUUCUCGCUUUUUCCUAGGAGCAGAGCCGUAAUAUAUGGCGCCAGAACGAGGCUGGCGCAGGCUGCAUAUAACAAUGAUGCCGUAUGAUUGGUGAAAAGUACGUGGAAUCCCCCACCAUCUAUCCGAAAACACAAUUGGAUGAAAGUCGUGUAUGCAGUGCGGCUGAGCGCCCAUGGAUUCUAUUAUGCUGCUACCCAAUGUUGCGCAUCAUCCUUCAUUCUCUCCAUUUUUGCGCGGCGUGCCGAUUACUCUUUGACAGGAUCUUCUCCAAAUAGACGCGAUCAGGGAAGAUAGACUGUACCGUCAGGUGGGUUGCGACUCUUUGCGAUUUGUAGCGUUUCAAACGAGCUGACCUAUUCAGGCGAAAAGGAAGCCAGCGAUACUCUCAGUCAGAGAACAUUCGACAGCUAGACACCAGCUACCCACUGUAGCUUGUUUGACAUCCGAAAAACCCUGCGGGCGAACAUGUCGCAACCUGGCGACUACACAGUCGGCUGGAUAUGCGCAAUAAGAGUCGAAUACGUUGCCGCGCAAGUGUUCCUCGACGAAGAACAUGAGGGCCCAGCGUCUGUGUCUCAGCACGACAACAACAGCUAUACGCUGGGCAGGAUUGGGAAACACAAUGUUGUCAUCGCCACUCUGCCUUUUGGAGAAUAUGGGACGACCUCUGCUGCAACCGUUGCCAGAGACAUGAUACACUCUUUCCCAAACAUAAGAGUCGGGCUGAUGGUGGGCAUUGGCGGUGGCGCUCCAAGUGAAAGCCACGAUAUCCGUCUUGGCGAUAUCAUACCACCAACUGCAUUAUUAACUGCGCUGGUUGGGCUUCAGUGUCGCUACGAGAGAUAUGGCCACAAGCUUGAGGAAGCCGUUGAUGAUGUACUCGAAAAGAAUAAGAAGCUGAAACGUCGAUAUAAACGACCAAACACAAACAAUGAUAGGCUUUAUCGAUCAGAAGUCGUUCAUCCACAAACGAAUGAGGGCUGUGCAGCUGUCUGCGAUCCAUCGGGCUUAGUUCUGCGAUCUGAAAGGGACGAGGAUGAAGAUAAUCCCGCCAUUCAUUACGGCCUGAUUGCGUCGGCAAACCAGCUCAUGAAAAAUGCCUUGCAUCGCGAUAGCCUUGCCGCAGAGAAGGAUGUGCUGUGUUUUGAGAUGGAGGCCGCCGGACUGAUGAAUCAUUUCCCCUGCCUUGUUAUCCGCGGAAUCUGUGAUUAUUCGGAUUCGCAUAAAAAUAAAGAGUGGCAGGGCUAUGCAGCUAUGAUAGCCGCAGCAUACGCAAAAGAUCUUCUUUAUCAAGUACCAUUACAUACGGUUCAAGCUGAGAAGAAAUUAAGCGAUGUCCUCUCUGGUAAGUUGAACAUUCUAUUGCUGUAUUAGUUACACAUAUUAACUUUAUAUCUAGGCUUGUAUGAGGCUAUAGAACAGCACAGUAACUCUCUACAAAAGAGCCUCCAAGCCCAAGAAGGUCUAGCACAGAAGAAGCUAUCUGAGAAAGAGC